GGGGGGGGGGCAGCGGCGGAGCGAGGGGCGGCCCCUGCGCCCGCGGAGCGCCCGGCCCCGGGCGGCGAGGGGCAGGUCCCCCCCCCCCCCCCCCCGCCAUGGAGAGCGGGAUGCCGCUGUCGGGCGGGCAGCGGGCGCUGAUCCGGGAGAGCUGGCGGCGGGUGAGCGGCAGCCCCGAGCAGCACGGCCUCGUCCUCUUCACCAGGUUGUUUGACUUGGACCCUGACCUGCUGCCCCUCUUUCAGUACAACUGCAAGCAGUUUUCCAGCCCUCAGGAGUGCCUCUCUGCCCCCGAGUUCCUGGAUCACAUCAGGAAGGUGAUGCUGGUGAUCGAUGCUGCUGUGAGUCACCUGGAGAAUUUGUCCUGCCUGGAAGAGUAUCUCUGCAACCUCGGCAAGAAGCACCAGGCAGUCGGUGUGAAGGUUGAGUCUUUCUCGACUGUCGGCGAGUCCUUGCUGUACAUGCUGGAGAAAUGCCUUGGCAAUGCCUUCAGCCCAGAUGUGCGGGAGGCUUGGAGCAAACUCUAUGGUGCUGUGGUGAAAGCCAUGAGACGUGGCUGGGAGACCCUCCCAGAAGGGGACUAAAUGCUGCCAGCCAUCCCCAUCCUUGACCACGCAGCGGUCCUGGGCAGAGGGAGCGCUCACACCACGCUCUCUGCCUCUCUCCACCUCUGUCUUUCUCUGUGCACCAGCCCAUUGCUGUCUCCUCCAGUCACGUGUGCUUUGGGGCUCUCCCAGUGAUCCUGCCUUGCUUUGACACGACCACAUCUCUGCCUUUGCUAAGGGCUGGCAGGGUACGUCUCCGCAGUGAAGCCUAGGAGUGCCGCAGCACAGGUAUGCCACCCUGCCCAAGUUCCUUCGGGCUAGCUGGAGCUUCAACACCCAUGUACCUACUCCAGUUUUAAGCUGGCUCAUCUUCCCUCCUCUUGCUACCCACCCUAGUUAGAUGACAGCUAGCGCAGACCUCUCGGGCUUAUUUGCCUGAAAUCCUGUUUGCCUAUUUACUCAAGGCCUUCCAGGUCUGGCCCUGCUCGCUCCUCCUGCGCUGCUGUGCCCAGUUCAGCUGUGGCGAUGGUGGGUUUGGCUCCCUCCAGGGGCAGGGGCAGCAGGGGUGGGAGCUGGCUGUGCCGUGUGGCUGUCCUCCCCAAACCCUGCGGGGAGCUUUUCCCCCUCUCUCUUCACCAACACAUCACUACCGGAUGGUUAAUCCUGGUGCUCUCUUCUGCCUUGCCUCUCCCUUGGAUGGGAACCAUGUCUUUUCCUUGUGUCAGGUUGGCCACAACUUGGUGUGUUUCCUAGGGAUGCUUCAAGCAGUGGGGUCACGUUAAUCUCACGGUGAGGCUGCUUUUCGCAGGUCUGGGCUGCCAGCUGAAAGGCUUUGUGUUAGUUUGGCCGGUUUGUUUAAUCUUAGAGCCAGCUGAAAUGCAGCAACAGUGGUGGCUCUUUACUGCUUUGUGUAGACGUCUUAAAAUAAAAAUGAAGGUUGCAAACAUGUCAUGGCAACAGCUUCCAGAAAUCAUUCUGGCUUCUGGCCAGAGGAAGCAUAGCUGGAAUUUCUCUGUCGAUGCUGUCAGGACCUGGAGUGCUUUCCAGCUGCACACAGUGCCCAUUUGCAGAGCUCCUCACCCUUUAGUAAUCCCUCCCAGCCAUACCUGAGACACAGCUGCUUCGGAGCACAGCGAGGCACUCAGUUAGGUACAUGCAGCAGUGCUGUGUCAGGACAGGAGUGGGAAGACAGCAUCUGCUGGAAGAAAUACCAGGAAAUGACUGAGAGGCAGCACCUGAGAGUUCUGGGGGGAGCUGAACUCGAGCGCUUUGAAAAAGAGUUCAUCUUUAUGUGGAAGUCGCUGUGGGACAGGCAGAACCAUGUUUCCAGCUGUCACUAGCCCCAGGGCAAGGACAUGGAGCAAGCAUUCAGUUACAGACAGCACCCUUUCUUGCAGCUUCUUCAGGGCAGGGGGAGCCAGGCGUAGAGGGCUGAGAUGGUCCUGUUCUAGAGACAUGUUCCUCCUCUACUCAGACCUCUUCUUCUCUGGGGCAGGAGAGGGCUGCCCGCUCCUCACAGCUGUGGCUGAGGUCUCCCAGCCCCAUGCCAUGAAGGGGGUGAUGGGGUGCCCUGUGAGAUGGGGCUCUGCUUCCCUGCCACCAGGCCUGGUGGUGGCUGGGGGCUUCCAGCAAGCGAGGAGCCCUCCAGCUGUGUUUGGGAGGGGAGCUAAGGGCUGUUGUGGAACAGGCAGUGAACACCCCUGUGUAAGAUGCUCGCGGUCCUCCCCGUGCUACCAGGCUCCGCUUCUGCGGUCCUGCAGCGUGGUGCUGUGCAUCCUGGCCCAUGGCUCUCUCCAUCACCUGGGUCAGGUGAGGGCCUCAUGCGUUCUCGUGCCAGGCAGUAAGGGAUGGAGGCGUUGGCUAUGAUGGCGUGGUAUGGGGCAGGAGGGUUUGGGAAUGGGAAUGUCCUCUUUGCAACCUUGUUCUGGGGCAUCAGCCUUCAGCAUUACGGGGGGACCUUCUGGCUCUGUGUGACAAGUAGGCAGCUGUGUGAUGGGUGGGGUGUGGGUGUUGCUCCCCCAAACCAUCCCUGCUCCCUGUAGCUUUCCCAGCUCCUUGACUUCUCUGUACCAUGUUUUGUGUAAGUCCCAAGAAAACUGAACUAGUCUGUGUGCCUCAUACCCAGCCGCACUGUUUAAUAAAGAUCAACAGUGAGUCUUG